GUGCUUGUUUUUUCUUCUUAUCAGUUUCGUUUUCAGAAAGUUGGAAAUUUUGGAAUUUUGGAAUCUUUGAAGUCUUUUGAAGUAUUCGAACUGAAAAUGUGUAAUUAAAUACUUCUUCAACAGCUUCAUUUAUGAAAUAGCAAUCUCGAUCAUCACCAACAUGCCCAAAGUUACAACGAAGAAAACUCGUCAACAUGAUUCGAUCGCAAAACAAGGUAUCUUGUUCAACAAGGAUUUCGGUCAACACAUCUUGAAAAAUCCUUUAAUAAUCCAAGCCAUGGUUGAUAAAGCUGCUGUCAGACCUUCCGAUACAGUACUGGAAAUAGGUCCUGGUACCGGUAACAUGACCGUAAAACUGCUAGAAAAUGCCGCCAAAGUUAUCGCUUGUGAAAUCGAUACAAGAUUAGUAGCUGAGCUUCAAAAACGUGUCCAAGGCACCAGUUACCAAAAAAAGCUUCAAAUUGUCGUCGGUGACGCUAUCAAAUCCGAAUUACCAUUUUUCAACGUUUGUGUUGCCAACGUCCCGUAUCAAAUAUCUUCACCUUUGGUAUUCAAAUUGCUUUUACAUCGACCAUUCUUCAGAUGCGCCGUGUUAAUGUUUCAACGAGAAUUCGCUAAUCGUCUGGUGGCUAAACCGGGAGAAAAACUUUAUUGCAGAUUGUCCAUCAAUACUCAGCUUUUAGCCAGAGUUGAUCUCUUGAUGAAGGUUGGAAAGAAUAAUUUCAGACCACCUCCCAAAGUAGAAUCGAAUGUAGUUCGGAUAGAGCCUAGAAAUCCGCCACCGGAAGUGAAUUUUAAAGAAUGGGAUGGAUUGACUAGAAUUGCUUUUAUUAGGAAAAAUAAAACUCUCAGUUCAGCUUUCAAACAAACUACCGUUCUGGGUCUUUUGGAAAAGAAUUAUAGAACUUAUUGCUCGAUGACGAAUAAAGAAAUUCCGGAUGAUUUUAAUAUUAAGCAAAAAAUUGAAGAUAUUUUAGAUAAAAGUGAAUCUGCCAAUUUACGAGCUAGAACAAUGGAUAUCGAUGACUUUCUAAAGUUGCUUCACGCGUUCAAUGUCGAAGGAAUUCAUUUUUCUUAGAACUAUUUUAUUAUUUUCGUAUUGUAAUAAAUUGUAACUCAACAAAUGUUUUUUAAAAAAAUAUUUAAUAAAAAUUGGAACGAAUAAUUCAUUUUAAAAAUUAUCAAAUGCAUAAAAAUAACAAAAUAUACUUAUAAACGGUA